AUGCAGGAGCACUUGCGAUUAGCUAUGAAGGGUGAUAUUUCAGACCACUCAGCUUCUGUUCAUCGAUGGAAAAUUCUAACCGAUCACUUGGGACUAUAUACUAUAAAAAAGCACAGUGACACUCAUUGGGAAGCAAGAAUAAGUAGUGUUAAAGCAGUCCGUUAUCAAUGGUCGAGAUCAAAUGCUCAUCAAGUUGCUUUGAAGAACUUGGACAUCCAGGCGUCUGGUCUCUACUCUUGUGAAGUAUCUCUCGAAACUCCCAUCUACACAAAAGCAUCCAGCGACCAUGAACUGACUGUUAUUAUACCGCAGUCGGCCGCUCCGCGAAUCACAUUCGGCGCCCGUGAGUACACAGUGGGCGAAUUGCUGGAAGCCAACUGCACGUCGGUGCCGGCCCACCCGCCUCCGCAUAUCACGUGGCUGAUCAAUGGCAAAAAGGUGGACGAAAAAAUGACCCGGACCUUCCCACAGCCCAUAUCUCUUGGUCACGUCGGAAAGGCGGGAACUCCAUUGCGACACCACAAUCCGCCGACGUCACCUCCUGCUCCGAUGUACGAUAUUGCUCCACAUUAG